GGACAUCUCUCUCUCGCUCACACUCCCCCCAGUCUCUGAGACCCGGGCAUCUCUUUCUCUCUCACACCCCCACCCCCAGUCUCUGAGACCCGGGCAUCUCUCUCUGACCAUGGACGUGUCAGCGCUGGGCAGUGGGAGCAGCUGUUCAGAGGAUUGUGUGGUAGGGUCUGGCUGUCUGGAGGACUGUGGGAACCAGAGUGACCGGACUGACUGGGAAUGGGAGGACUUCAGUGGGGCUGAGCUGGUGUGUGUGACAGCUGUGUGUGUGCUGCUGCUGGCCAUGGGCAUCACAGGAAAUAUGUUAACCAUCCUGGUAGUUUGGCUCCGGCCACACCUGAGAAGCACCACCUACCUCUACCUGAGUAGUAUGGCCGUCUCCGACCUCCUCAUACUGCUUCUGAUGCCUUUAGAUCUGUACUACAAGCUGUGGAGGUUCCGGCCCUGGGAUCUGGGUGAUACAGUGUGUAAGCUGAGUGUGUUCGUCAGUGAGAGUUGUACCUACUCCUCCAUCCUCCACAUCACCGCCCUUUCUCUGGAGCGCUACCUCGCUGUCUGUCGACCACUCACAGCCAAGACCCUGGUCACACGGACCCGCGUCCGCACUCUCAUUGGCUGCCUGUGGGUUGUGGCCGUAAUCAGCGCCGGGCCGGUGUUUGCUAUGGUAGGGGUAGAGGAGCUGGGGGGAGGAGAGGGGGAGAGCGAGUGUCGCUGUACGGACUACGCCGUCUCCUCAGGCCUGCUGGGGGCCAUGAUGUGGCUCUCCAACCUCUACUUCCUGGUGCCGCUGGGCAUUCUGGGAGUUGUGUAUGGCCUGAUCGGCAGGAAGCUAUGGCUCCGCCCACAACGCAGCAGCCGAGACCGCGCCCAGCGACACACCAUCAAGAUGCUAGGGAUGAUCGUGCUGGCGUUUGUUCUGUGUUGGCUGCCAUUCCACGUUGGUCGGACGUUGUUCUCUGUGACGCUGGGCUCCAGCGCUGAUAUGUACUACAUCUCUCAGUACUUUAACCUGGUCUCCUUUGUGUUGUUCUACCUCAGUGCUGCUGUCAACCCUAUCCUCUACAACACCAUGUCAGCACGCUACCGCCACGCUGUCCGCAGCCUGCUGCGCUCACACACACCCCGCUCCCGCCACCCCCCACAACACUCUACCACCACCCUGUAA